UGGUUUUUGCUGAGUAAUGUCUCUGCGUUUUGUUCAGUUCUUGUUGUUCUUGUUCUUGUUGACAAUAAUGAACUUUGUGCCCUUGUGGGUUGGUUGAUUUUUUUUGAUAUAUAAGUUGUUUGUUAACUCAAUUUUUUGUUAUUCUUUGGGUGAUUAAAUCUCCCUCAAUUUUUAUUGUGAAGCAAUGGAUCCCAGUGGUAGUAUCUCUGGUUGCUCUGGUAGUAGAAGUCCCGAAAUGUUUUCAAUCCCUAUAAUAUUGGGAAAUUUUCACAUGAAAUUGCCUAAAGAUUUUUAUGAAAAGAAGAAAAAUGAAAUUAAGUCUGAGGUGUUGCUCACUGACCCGAAGGGCUGUGUAAAGUUGGAAGUUUUGACUGGCUUGCUUGGAGGCUUUCUUGAUUAUGUUGUUCCUACCUUGGUUUCAUUUUAUGGUUUUAAAAAAAACCAUGAUAUGGUUUUUCAAUAUGAAGGGGGAAAUAGGUUUAAAGUUGAAAUUUAUGACGAAAAUAAGAACCAUUUCCCCUAUCCAAAUGGUGGUGAAAUAGGGAAGAACAAAGCACCAACCAAUGGUGGUGAAAAAGGGAAGUACAAAGCACCAAUCCAUUUCCCUUGUGUAAAACCUGGUCAAAAAGGGAUGAAAGAGAAGAACAAAACACCAUCCCAUCUCCCUUGUCCAAGACCUGCUAAAAAAAGGCAUGAUGAACCACCAUCCCCAGAGGUAUUAUAUUUGAGUUCUGACACUGAGGAAGAGUUUGAGGUUGUGGUUGAUGAAGAUGUUGUGGCUGAGGAAGAGGUUGUGGCAGAUGGCCCUCAAGUUGCUACAGUUGGUCAGGUUCAGAAUGCAAGGUACACCUUUGAGAAGAUUGUCACUAGUUCUGUUGCUGGUGGUGGUCAUACUUUGCCUUUGCCACGGUCAUAUGUUCGUAACUUCCUUGAACAUAGCUGGGAAAAAGUAUUAUUGAAAAAGGAAGGGGAGCAAGAAUGGUAUAUUUGCAAGCUCUGUUGGAGGAAGAGGAAUGGAAAACUUACUGAUUGCCAUCUUGGCGAAAAGUUUUACAAGUUUGUGAGUGACAACCAAUUAGCUGAAAAUGACAAGCUCGUUUUCAGUCAUAGUGGUUCGAAUAACGUUCUACAUGUUAGGAUUCAGCACCAUUGAUGACAAUUAGGUUUCGAUUGUUAGACUUGUUGCCAUGACUUGAUGUUGAGAACACAUUUAUGUUUCCUUUUGUGGUGGUUACUCUUGGUUGUGCUUAUUUGUGAACUUAUUUGUUUUUAAUAACUAUGGUUGUGCUUUGUUUAGCGUUCGUUAAUUUUAAUGAUGUUUUUAUUCUUUUUUUUUAUAAUUGUAGUUCAAAAAAUGGUCUCCCAAUCAUUUUCUUCCCAGAAUGAUGGAAGGCGUUGCAAGUGUGGUCUUUAUCCAACUCUUAAAACCGUGUGGACUAGGAUCAUUUAUGGGCGCACAUUUUAUCAAUGCCCUCAUGGGGUAAAUUAUCCAUUAUUUAUUUUGGAGUUUAGGGAUAAAAUAUUCGAUAUUCAACUUUCUUAGUCUUAUUUCAAAAUGUGCAGGGUUGCAGCUAUUUUGAUUGGGCUGAAGGUCCUACCUAGCCUGUUGAUGAAGCACCUCAAGUGAACCAUUCCAGUGUGACUAAUUCACAAAGGAACAGUGAUACUGCUGCUGCUGCUGGGACUUCUGCUGCUUGGACUGAGGAUGUCACAUUGAAACUUUUGCUGACUGAAGGAAGG